CUUUGAACCAACCAGCGGUUGAAUCAGCUGAGCUCGUCAUAUGACCAUCCUUGGCAUGUCUGAAGCGCUGAACUAAACAGUUCGAUAUAGACGAAUAAAGGGACAAGAAAGACGAUAGAUGCACUUUGACAAAGAUUAAAUGAUGCAAGAUCAAGACUGUCCGUGACAAAGCAUUGUUUUGGGGAAGGCUUGAUACCUGCUGUGUGCAGUGAGUGAGUGACUCCCCAGACAGCAGUCAUGCACCCCUGGGGCCGAGAGGCAGAGAGCUCCCUCCAGGACCUGCUGGGUUACUUCACCCGCUGCCUUCAUCAUGGGGAGUGGGAGCUGGCUGCGGCCUGUGUUCCCCAGCUGGCUGCCUCCUCUGGAGGUCUCUCUUCUUCUCCUUCUGGAGAACUCUGUUCUUCUUCAUCUUCCGGAGGACUCUCAGAACAGCUACGGGAUAUAGUCAAGGCCAUCGUCUGCCAUCCCUACCUUCUGGCAUGGGAGACAAUGGGCAGUCCUCACCGGCUGGCUUGGCUUUGGCUCCAGGUUUUGGAGACAUGGACAAAAGAUCAGGUUCCAGUGAAGAUCAGGACAGAGCUGGAGUUCCUGUUGCUGCUGGAGGAGCUGGGAGACGACGUUCCAGACGCCACUCUCAAGGAAUUGCACACGGCGUUCUUAGACAGCCAGUCGGAGAGAAAGGGACCCGAGGCGUCAGGGACGGAGUGUGGUCUGGGCGCUGGGGUGGUGUCAUGCCUGGAGGCCUUACUGGAGAGGAAGAGGCCAAGACUGGCCCGGGCCCUCGCCCUGGCCCUCCAGGGGCCUCUGGGCGAGGCCCGGGCCCACGGGGACCCCUCCCAUACCUUCAUCCGCUACCUGACAGCCAGAGUUGGGAAGCCGGAGAAGAGAGAGGGCUGGGCGGAGGAGGUCUGCUCCCUGCUGGCUCUGAUGCCGACCCCCUCGGAGCAGGGAGGCGGGGCCCAGAUGGAGGCGCUAUGCGAGGCCCUCUGGGCGGCCAGGAACGGACCCCUGCGCGAGGAGCGGGUCCUCAGCUCGCUGUUCAGGCCGCACAGCCACACCGCACUCUCCCUCUACUGCUCCACUGCCCUCCGGCUGCAGCGAGACCGCCUGCUCCGCAAUGCGCCCGCCACACACGAGGACCUUCCUGAAGCAGAGAAGCUCCUCCUCAGCUUAUGUUGCCACGGUGAUCGUCCAUCAGCAUGGAAAACCAUUUAUUUUGAGUGUCUGAGCAGUGGCAAGCACUUCCUGGAGCAGGUGUUGGUCACAGCUCUGGACUUGGUCCGACGAGAGGACUUCCCCAGGCUGCAGGACCUGCUGAGGGGGGAGUUCCAGCCCCUGUCCCGCCUACUACUGCUGCUGGCCUGGACACAGUGCCAGAGUCUGGACUCAGCUCACACCUUGCUCUCCAUCCUCCACCACAACCAGGCCCUGGCCAGCGACUCUGUCCUGAAGGAGUUUGCAGACGUGCUGUCCUCCCAGCUCAGGGUCCUCCAGUGGUGUGUUCUGAACAAGCCAGGGAUCCCUCAGGAGGCUGUGCUCUCCCAGCUGCACUCGCUGGACACCCACUCCGCCCUGCACGUCCUCCUGUCCCUAACCCCCCUGGCCCGCUACGAGGAGCGCAGGGUCCUGGAGCUGCUGCAGCCCACGCCCUCGGGAGCAGAGGAAACGGACACCUUGGUUGCCCCCAGACUGGCCGCCCAGAGGAACGUUGUUCUGUUCCAGGGGUUCUGCGCCAUGAAGUACGCCCUGUAUGCCCUCUGUGUGAACGCUCACAGGUCCGGCACCUGUUUGGAUUGCAAGGGCUCGCCCCAGUUCCCCGAGUCAACUGAGGGCCAACUCCAGCCUGCAGCUCCCUCAGAAGGCUGUUUGGCACAGUUCCAGCACUUCCUGUCUGAGUGCCAGCUUUACCUGGAGGCCCUGCCUGCCAUGUUCCGCCUGGAGCUCCUGGAGAACAUCUUCUCCCUCCUCUUCCUCUCCAGCACCGACUUCACUCCACAGAACCAGAAGGAGACCCCGACCGGACCUGGCGUGCCAGCAGAAGGUUUGCAAGCUCUGGGGAGCAAGGAAGUGGGGAAAAAUGGCACUGGAGGAGCCAAAACCAAAAUGGCCACCCAAGAGGGCGACUCCAGGGAAAGGUGGGAGCCAGAUUUCCCGUCUGCGGCCCAGCACGGCUGCCUGGACCUGGGCCACUUGACCCGGGGUUGCCCAGGCUUCCUGGUGGACGUGCCAGCGAUGGAGGGUUUCCUGAAGCUGCUGCGGGAGGGGCUGGAGGGUGUAUGUGUUUUGGACCAGCGGGCGGGCCAGGAGCAGGCCGAGGUGGCGGAGGGCCUGGGCUGCUCGGUGACAGCCGAGACAUUCGGAGCGCGUCUGCAGAGACUCUCCAAGCACACGGCCGAGGCACAGUGGAGGCUACAGAUCAUCACCAGCAACCAGACCGCUGGCAGGGCCCCAGACAGGCCCCCCCAGGCCAAGGCCGGCCCGCGCCCUGCCCCCCUUGAAGGGCAGGGCAGCAGCCGCUCCUCCCUGAGGAGGCGCAGGAGGCCCGGGAGGCACCCGUCCUCCACAGAGCACCUCAACAGGGAGCUGAGCCCCAGCACCUCAGACGGCUGUGUGGCCGGGCCGGGGUGCGUGGAGAAGGAGGAGAGUGUGUGUAGCGGUGCCCACAGCUGGCUGGUCCCUGCCAUGCUGUCCCCCCCUGAGUCUCUGCUCGUCUCCUGCAUCCGUCGGGGGAACUUCAUGGAGGCCCAUGAGGUGGCCACCAUGUUCGCCCUGGAGGGGUCGUCCUGCUGCGGUGAGCUGGUCUUCAUGGAGCGCUACAAGGAGGUUCUGGUGGAGCUGGGCCGCGUGGAGCAGAAGAUCGAGAACCAGUCGCUGUCGUCCUCGUCAUCCUCGUCGGAGGGGCUGGGAGCGGUGGGGGCCGCAGCAAGUGGGAGGAGCCGCCUGGGGAGCAGUGGGCGCUCCACCUUGCAGGCCAUCGGCAGCGCGGCUGCAGCCGGCAUGGCCUUUUACUCCAUCUCAGACGUGGGUGAGCGUCUGCUCAGCACCACGGCCCACCCGGUCCCCUGCCUGGAGGAGGGCUACUGGCUGGGCCUGCCCCCCGGGCCCUGCCCCCGCCUGCUGCCCCUGCUGGAGGAGCUCAGCCCCCCAGCCGUGGCCGCCUUCGACCUGGCCUGCUGCCACUGCCAGCUCUGGAAAACCUCCCGCCAGCUGCUGGACACGGCUGAGAGGAGGCUGGGCUGCAGCCUAGAGGCCCGAGGGCUGAGAGUGGAUCCCAGAGUGCCUCACCCUGAGGGCGUCCGGGGCUUCCCCAUGGUCCUGCAGCAGUUCAGCAAGAUCCUGAAUCACGCAGCCAGCAACAAGGGCCCAGCCAUGACAGAAGGUUCCGGAGAAGAGCAGGUGGUGGCGGGUCCAUUCGGCUGCUCCAUCCAGGAGGCUCUACUGAGCUGCCACCCGGUCCUGAGUGAGGAGGGCAUCGCGGGCUGGCUCGGCCUUUCCCAGCGCCUGGAGCUCACCCUGCCUCCCCUGGCCUCGGCCACCGACGCCCCAGCGGAGGCCUGUGUGGGCGGGGCCGUGCUGGCGGCGCUGGUGGAGCAGGCCGGCCUGAGGCCCUCGGAGCUGGACGCCCACCCGGUACGCACCGCCAUGAAGCAGCUGCUGCGCUCCCUGGACCAGCUGUGCCCCUUCGAGCCCGACGGCGUCCCCGCCAGGCCCGACUACAUGCGCAGCUUCCUGGACUACGUCAACGUGCUGACGUCCGUGCUGGUGCGCAGCCUGGGCUCCGAGGACCAGAGCGUGGAGGUGAAGCUGGGGAACCCCCUCCUGGUUCUCCUGCAGGCUCCCUCCCAGCUGCUGUCUCACCUGCUGUUUGAGAGGCAGGUUUCCCCUGACAGGCUGCUGUCUCUGCUGCAGCAGGAGGGCCUUCGUCUGAGCGUCCAACAGGUGGUGCUGGAGCGCUGCUGUGAGGCCCUGCCCGUCUGGUCUUGGGGCCCCGGGGCCGGAGGGGAGACCGGCGAGGGCGGCCCGGGCGACAGGGCCGUGUUCGGGGCGGCCAGCCUGGAAGAGCUCCUCACCCAGCACGCCCAGGAACACCUGACCAUGCUGGGCCUGGCAGAGGCCCCGUCAGACGCCAGCUCUGGGUCUGAGUCCUCACCAGAGGAGAUCACGGCCUCCCCUACCAGCCUGUCCUCCUCCCCACCCCUCUCCUCCACUCCAGCCCCCUCCUCCUCCUCCCCGUUCCUCCUCACGCCGUCCUCCCUGUCCUUCCUGAAGUCCCGCUCCCCUCUCCUGGCUGCGCUGGCGUGCCUGAGCGCCAGCCGGGGGCGCGGGGCUGCCCGGGCACCUCCGUCCGGCUGGUCUGGGUUCUCUUCCUACUUCAGCGGGCGUAAAGAGGUGGCGCUGGACGCCGAGCAGAUCUCCCGGGAAGCGGACAGCCUGCUGAGAGAGUUCCCCAUCCUGCGGGCCUACCUCCAGACCAUGGCCCAGCCUGUGCUGGGGGAGCUGCCCGUGGGGGAGGAGGCGGGGCUGGGCGCCACCCUCUGUGGGAAGCCCCUGGCGGGCCUGCUGCUGUCGGGGCUCCAGCCGGGUGGGGCGCAGGCGGUGGCGGCCCAGGCCUUCCAGCAGGCUCUGUCCUCGGGGGAGCUGCGCCGGGCCCUCAGCCUGCUGGAGCUGUACAGGCUGGACGUCCAGGAGGGGGCGCUGAGGGACCGCCUGCUGGCUUGUGCCGCACUGGAGGACGGGGCUGGUGGCGUGGUGCAGCUGCUCCGUGUGCAGGACCCUGGUCUGAGGGGCCGUGUGGCCCUGCAGGGCCUCCAGCUGUGGCCCCUGGACGGCUGCCUGGACCUGCUGGAGUUCUGCCUGAACGAGACCCACCUGCCCCCAGCCCUGAGGAACGACCUGGAGCUCCGCAAGAGCGAGCUGGAAGUCUAUCAUUUGAUGUUGAACCUGCAUCCCCCGUUGCCAUGGGCAACGUGGCAGGAUGUGAGGUCGUCAUCGAAACAGGACCCUGAAUCUGUGCUGGCUAUGAUGCUGGCGGCCAGGGAGUUCUCCCUGUGUGACCGCUGGCUGCAGAUGUAUUCAGGGUCGGAGCAGCUGACCCUGCAGCUGAGGACAGAACACCUGCUGCACCUGCUGGAGCAGGGACACACACAGCAGGCCUACCAGCUACUCGAGGGCCUGUCAGACACCCUGGGCCUGGAGGUGUGUGAGAGAGCCCUGGACCGACGCCCCGGAUUGGCUGCUGGUCACUUCCUGUCCGACUACCUGACGCUACACUUCCAGAGCCUAGUGUCUCCGGCCCGCCAGCGCCACAUUCACGCCCUGCACCUGGGCUCCAAGGUGCUGCUGACCCUGCCCCAGUCGACCAGGCAGGACUACUUCCACCUGCUGGCGGAGCCCCUGCUCAUGCUGGAGCAGCUGCUGAUGAACCUGAAGGUGGACUGGGUCCAGCUGGCGCUCCGCACCCUCCGCCCCCCUCUGCUGGGCCAGGAGGCGGGCCUGGGCCCCGGGGACGUGGACCGGCUCCUGGCCCAGUACGCCUGCAAGGCACUGGACUUCCCCUACGCCCCCCGAGAGAGGUCACGCUCAGACUCAGUCAUCAGCCUGCAGGAGGCCCUGUCCCAGUGUCCUGCCCUGGACAGCUGCCCCCCCUCCCCCCGGAGAGAGUCCCCCACCUCCUCCUCAGUGCUGUGUUGCUCUGGGUGGAUUUCAGGCAGCACACCCAUGCACACGCCCUCCUCCUCCUCCUCCGACCGAGGCAAGGAGCAGGGCUCUGCCGGCAGGAGGCAGCGCUCCCCAGCCCAGUUCCAGCCCCCUGACAAGCCCCCCGCCCGCAGAGACUGGGUGCCCGACCCCCAGCAGCACGUCUGCAUGGUGUGUCAGCGUGAGAGGUUCACCAUGUUUAACCGGCGGCACCACUGUCGCAGGUGCGGUCGUCUGGUGUGCCAGGCGUGCUCUGGGCGCAGGAUGCCCGUGGAGGGAUGUACGGAGGAGGAAGUGCGAGUGUGUGACCAGUGUUACACCUUCUUCCACCCAGAUUUGGAUGAGGAGCUGGAGGAGGCUGAAGCAGUAACAGGCAGCCCCGUGUCUCCAGGGGGGGGAGUGGAGGAGGGGCUGCAGCUGCCCGAGGUCCACCACAGAAUGUUCCGCCUCAGCACCGACCCUGCAGAGAACCUGCAGCUGCAUAGCGAGUUCUACUAUGAGCAGGCUCCCAGCGCGUCCCUGUGUGUGGCCAUCCUCUCCCUCCACAGCGACCAAAUGGCUUGCGGCCACCAGCUGAUCGCUCACUGCCGCUCCCUGUCCCGCCAGCUGACCAGCCCCGAGGUGGACGCCCGCCUGCUCACAGACAUCAUGCGCCAGCUGAUCUUCAGCGCCAAGCUCAUGUUCGUCACCGUCGGACGCAGCCAGGAUCUGGCCCUCUGCGACAGCUACAUCAGUAAAGUGGACGUGCUGAAGAUCCUGGUGGCUGCGAACUACAAGGACAUCCCCUCGCUGGACGACAUCCUGGAGACCUCCGCCGUCACGCGCCUGCGCAACCAGCUGCUGGAGGCUGAGCACUACCAGCUAGCUGUAGAGGUGUCCACUAAGAGCGGUCUGGACCCUGGGGGGGUGUGGCACGCGUGGGGCAUGGCCUCCCUGAAGGCCGGGCAGCUCUCCGGGGCCCGGGAGAAGUUCUCCCGCUGCCUGAAGGUUCCCGUGGACCGGAACCAGCUGACCCUGGGCGCGCGCCUGCUGCAGGAGAUCGUCCAGCACCUGGAGUCCACCGUCCGACCCGCUCUGACCACGCUCCCCAGCGAGGACAUCCUGGCGUCCCUGCAGGAGCUGGAGGAGGCUCUGGCAGAGCCGGGGCCGCCGGAGUGCCCAGAGUUCCCGGCCCAGCUCAGCCCCCUGCUGCAGGAGAGCCUGCACUACCUGCUGAGCUACGGCACCCACCUGGCCCUGGUCAGCUUCUACAUGCGCCACGGUCACACGAGGGAGGCCCUGGCUCACCUGCUGCUCAAGCAGUGUCCGGAGGAGGUGUUCCUGGAGGGGAUCCUCCAGCCCAGUCUGGAGCGCGGCCAGCUGGGGGCGCUGCAGGGCCUGCUGGAGGGGCUGGACCCGGGCCAGGAGGCGUGCGGACGCUACCUCAUGGCCUCCUGCCAGCUGCUGCAGAGACGAGGGCACUUCCACACCCUGUACCAGCUGCAGCAGUUCAUGAUGGACCACGUGCGGGCAGCCAUGACGUGCAUCUGCUUCUUCACCCGUGGGGCCCAGUCCUACCUGCAGCUGGGCGAGCAGCAGCGCUGGCUGGUCCGGGCCAAGGAGCACCUGAAGACCUUCCUGCAGGAGCAGCAGGCCCGCGGAGCCGGCCGCAGGAAGUCCACCCUCAACUCAUUCAGGAAGAAGAUGUCCUCCAGUGACGUGUCCAGACACAUGAACACCAUUGAGCUCCAGCUGGAGGUGACCAGGUUCCUGCACCGCUGUGAGAACGCGUCCCAGACCGCUGCCCUCCAGACCAGCGCCUCGGCCAGCACCCCUGGGGCCCCAUCCACCCUGUUUGGAGGCAGCACCAUGAAGAUCGACGUGGCCUGCAAGGUGAUGCUUGGUGGGAAGAAUAUUGAGGAAGGAUUCGGCAUUGCAUACAGAGUCGUACAGGACUUCCAGCUGGAUGCGCUUGCGGUGUACGUGCGUGCGGGCCAGAGGCUGGUGCGCCAGCGAAAGUACGGGGCAGUGCGACAGCUGCUGAAGUGCGUCGGCGAGUCGGGCACUGCCACCAAGAGCGACUGUGACGCCAUCGUGCUGGGUUGUGUCUCCAUCGCCGACAAGGGGCCCACAGACGCUAAAGAGUUGGAAAGUCUCAUUCUGGAAACGAAAAGCCCAGAGAACAAGAUCAAGGCCUACCUGCAGUGCAGUAAGCUGCGCUCCGCCUACCUGCAGGCGGUGAAGCUGGAGGCGUCGCGGGCCGGCCCCCUGGUGCAGGAGGUCCUCCAGGCCUCGGAGGGCGCCGGAGACUCCGUCAUGCAGGGCAUCUGUCGCCAGUGGCUGUCGGAACACCAGGACAAGAGCGCCAAGCAGCGGCCUAGCCGGCCCAACGCCAGGUAAAACCUUGGUGGAGAACUAAUGGUAGAACCAGGAGGAACCAGGUGGAACCUGAUGGGAUCAGGGAAACGUGCAGAUACCCCGGGGGGUGUCUCCUUGAAGGUCCUGUGCUGGGGAGGGUUCCUCCCUCCAGCUGAGACAGGCCAUGUCUCUCUCUCUCUCUCUCUCUCUCUCUCUUGGUGAAGUGGCUGAGCUCUGACUGGGCCCAGGGACCCUGGCUCUCCAAAGCCACUUGCUGGCCUUUCUGUCUAUAGACUGUUCUGCACAGAACCGUACAUCUCGGACAGGCCCAUUACAGGCUGACUGUGGAACUGUGUUUUCUGUUCUACCUCAGCUAAAAGGGAUUCCUGUCAACCGCAAAGCCUCUUAAUAUACUGUUUGAAACGUGGUACAACGUUUAACCCUUUCUUCUGUCUUUAUUUUCCUGUGUGUCGGUCAGUUACACAUAUUAUGGACUGCCAAGUUAGAGAAAAUAAGAAUUUGUCUGUUGAUAGGGGGAAUUUAUAUGAAUCCUCAGGCCUUUUGAGGGUUGGAUGUGAGUGAGAUGAAUGGUUUCUGUUUGACAUAAUAGAAGUGUUACGGUUUACUUUUGAGCUUUACCUGCCAAAAAGUCUGUCUCUUUACACCAGUCUACCCUCUACAUCAUCCAACCCCUCUACACUAGUCAGAGUACCCUCUACAUCCUCCAGCCCCUCUAUACCAGUCAGUCUACCCUCGAAAGGGAAACUAGAAAACUCCAUGGACAUUUAGCACAAGGAGGAGGACCUUUCCAUAGAGGAAAUCAAGCAUUUACAAGCAAAUCUGUUGGAUACAGAAAAGGGAUCUCAUUAUCAGGAGGUAUCAGAUAUCUAGAGGUCAACAGACUGUAUGCACAUGAUGAAACCCCGCUGAGACUCGUCCAUGGUCAGUAUUAUCAGUUGCGUGAUGUCAUGUCUGUGUGGUGUUUGUAUGUUAGAAGGGUUCUGGUGUUCAGCUUAUGUGGACGUUCUUUGUGUUUGAUAUGGUGUCUCAGCCUCCCCUUCAGAUCAACUGUGCCAGCAUGUGUAGUUUGUUGCUCUGGACUUGCCCAUUGUGUGUGAAGGACUUGUUGUGGGAGUUUUGCAAAUGCACUUGCCUUGAAACAAUCAAUGAAGAUGUCAAAAAGGGAUUACAUACUUCGUAUUCUAACCAUGGUCAAUUUAACAACAUGCAUACUUAUAGUGUUUCUAUCUGUCUGCGUAUCUAUUUUAUUUAUUUUUUUACAACGUUGCACAUUGUUUCACUACCACUCUUCGCCCAGAAUGCCACUUGGCAUGUUUCUUCUCACGUAAUGUCCUCUUGUAGCGUGUCACCCCGUGUUCCUGGAGCCUUUGUGUCAAGCUGAACUGGAGGUGUCAGUUUGUUGUGGAUCUUAAUCUGUUUGCAAGCAGAGCCUUAUACAGUCUCUGGAUCAGGGAUGUUUUGUGACAACUAAAGGAUGGAUGAUCGCCAGCCAGUCUCUCAUGCACUUAACCUAACCUGACCCCUGAGCUGCUGUUAGAUCACUGCCGCACUUUAUAAUGCUGAUACUAGCACACCAGAUCCACAAUCUCAAGUCUGAGUCUUACCAGUAAAGACACUAUAUGGAUAGCUUUAAAGUUUUCACUUAUUCAUGAACAGUUUAGUCAAAUGUUCUUUGUUUUGAAUUUGGUAUUUCUCAUAAGGUAACCUUACAUUUGACAGGGAACAGGAUUAAAUAUGCUCACAUGAAAUAAAUGUUGACUGUUAGUUUGACUCAAUACAGUCGUUAAAUUAAGAAGAAAUGUGAACUAAACUGUUAAAAUAUUAAAAUAACUGUUUCACAGUCGCCAUGUUAGAUUUAUUAAUCCACUAAUAAAAUAUGGAUUGUGUGCAACGAUA